AUGCCUCUGCCGGAGCAUACAAUUCAGCCCUCACACAUCAGUCUGGUCUCAGUUUCACAACAGAUUAAAAAUGAGCUUGAGUUUGUCUCGAACGAGAGCUUCUGCAAUCUCAUGUAUCAAAUGUCUUCCGUGAUUAACGCAGCCGUGGACAUCUUCGAUGAACUUUCCACUAAACUGGCCUCCCUGUCUAAUCGUUUUGAUUCAGUAGAACAGAGGGUUGCAAGCAUGUCCGAAACAGCAAAACAACUACCGACGAGUGAAGACUGCCUGUCUGUCGGUCUGCAGAACCUCUCUAUGCAACCAUUCGCCGGCACGCACACAGAGGACAGUCAGGUCCUACAUCGCAACACCAAGCCAGCCUGCAUGCGUCUCUGCUACGAAAAGGCCGAACCGCCACCGCCCCUGCAUGUUAUGGAUGCCCUGCGAGACGAUGGCAAGACCACCAGCCGACUCUACUCAGAUCCGCGUUUCUUCUUCGAUCUUUGGAGCAAGGAGAUGCUGGAGGAGUGUAACACCAAAAAGACGCCUCGAAAAAAGGUGCGUCUGCCUUCACCUCCUCCUCCUCCUUCUAUGUUUUGUUUUUUUGCGAGCUUGCAACGUUUGUACCCCAAUCACUACAAUCAUCAGGCAAAAUUUCAGGUUGUUAGAAAGGACGGAGGGCACCCGCAUGAGGGAUUUAUUGUGCAGAGAACCCCUAGUUGCUGUUUCGGGAAGCAGUUGCCACUGACGAGACCAGGGCUAGUGUUGACUGCGUCCAGUCAUGCCCGAGAGUGA